UUGAGGGAUUACACCAAUGUUAUAACACCAGCCACUGGCUUUCAACCAUGUGUAUUUGAGGAACUUACAAAGAUGGCCAAAGACCUCCCUCCAGAGAAAAGGUAUGUGGCACUCCUCCAUGACGAAAUGAAAGUGAAGGCUGACUUAGUUUAUGACAAAAGGAGCGGGCAAAUAAUUGGAUUUACCAACCCAGAAACUUGGACAUUCAAUGAGGAUGAAGUUAGUAAAAUCGCUACCCAUGUCUUGGUUUUUAUGGUGGUUGGCAUUAACUCUCAUAUUAAAAUGAGCAUUGGACAUUUCCCAACCCGGACAUCAACAGCGGAUGAGCUGUAUCCAUUGUUUUGGAGAGCUGUGGCUUACCUGGAAAUAACAUGUGGACUAAAGGUAAUCACAUCUACUAGUGACAAGGCCUCCCCAAAUCAGCGUUUGUACAGGCUUCACAGAGUUGGAAAUGAGCCAGUUGUUUAUAAAGCUAAGAAUGAAUUCGCAGAAGAUGAAGAACGCUACCUCUACUUCAUAUCAGAUGUUCCCCAUUUAGUUAAGACUAUACGAAAUAACAUCAGCAAGUCAAAGCCAGGUGGAACAAAGUAUCUCUGGAAUAACAACAAGAACAUUCUUUGGUCUCAUGUGACACAGUUAUAUAACGAUGAUAUGGCAAGACAGUUAUACAGAACCAAGCUAACAUAUGACCAUGUCUACUUGACACCAUCAUCAACAAUGUCUGUUAAACUUGCAGUUCAGGUGCUGAGCAGUUCUGUGGCCAGAGUUAUGGAAGCCUACUAUGGACCACAGAUGUCAGAAACUGCCACGCUGUUCAAGCUUGUGGACAGAUUUUUUGACUGUCUAAAUGGUAGAUCAUUGAAGGAAUCAGCUUUCACAAGAAAGCCUGAUGUUGCUCCUUACAAAUCUCUUAAUGACCCAAGAUUUCAGUUCCUUGAGCAUGAGUUCCUACAGUACUUUGAGCGAUGGCUACAAGCUGUUAGGGCUAGACCAGGAUUCACCAAGGCAGAACAGAACAAAAUGUUCAUUUCAUUUCAAACUCAUGAAGGAAUAAUUAUGACAGUGAAAGCAUUCGUUGAGGCCACGAAGUACCUCCUGCAACAUAACCUGCCGUAUGUGCUGAGCAACGAUUUUUGCCAGGACCCCCUAGAGGAGCAUUUUGGAAGGCAUAGGAGAUUGGGGGCAAACCAGGACAACCCAACUGUUCACCAGUUUAGUUACCAAGAAAACAAACUGCGACUUCAAAGAAGCCUCGCCUUUCAAUUUGUUCCUAAGGGCAACACUGGUCCACAAGGACAGAAGAGACCAGUGGUUGUAUCUAACAGUCCACUUAAGAAAAGACGUAACUAACAUCUUUAGAUGUAAAAUUAAUGUGGAAUUCUUUUUCUAUGUACAUAUUUAGAUUUAGUCUAGACAUUUACGAAGGGCUUUUUGUUUACUUGCAGAUUUUGUUUUCACAUAGUACUUUUCCAUAAGAUGUCUACAUUUUGCAUUGCAUCUAACUUUGUGAUAUAAUGAGCACAUUGAUAAAAAUAUCUUUUCCUGCUGUUCAGUUUUUGACUCUGAGUGAUAUGUACAAUCAUAGAACAGGGACAUCACUUUGUUGUCUUGACAAAUUGCAUCACUAAAUUUCUGAAGCGAAGGAACUGAGACUUCUGUACACAAUUUCCUAAACAAUAUUUCCAGAACUACAAAGAAAUUUGUUAUUUCUUGUGAUGGUUGUGUCAAACCACCCCUGGAUUUUACAGAUAUUAAUUUUGUAUUUCCAUCCUUCUCAGUAAGUUUAUCAAAGUAUUUGGCCAUCUCUUGAGAAGAAAUAAAUUUCUUCUUACAUCUAAAUAAAACGAAGCCAGCUAUAUAUGUAAUAAUAUCUCUCUCUCCAGAUUUGAGAACACUACCUGUGCUAGCAAUUGAGGUAGAAUCUGGCAAAGGUGUAUUUUGUUUAAUAACUUCUUCAGCAGUUUUUAAAGAUAAAAAUGCUGAAAGUUGUUGAUUUUUUACUACACUGGAUAGUCUUUGAAUCAGUUCAGGUUGGAGAUGAUGAUAUGAUUGCCAUGCCUUUUCCCUUACUGCACCAGAGAAGAUUUCUGUUUUUAUGAUUGUGUCAAGUUGCCUUAGAGCUGGAACCAACUUGGAAGCUGUAAUGUAUUUGUACUGUAACUCAGAUUUAAACAAAUUCCUCAUUGUAUUAAACUUUAUUUUUUGAUGAGGUCAUGAUUUGUUUAUUUAUUUUUUUUAAUAAUUCAAUAUUCAUUUAAUUGCUGUUAAAUUGUUUAUGCAACAGUCUGUAAAUUCAAUAUUGUCUUUAAAUCACUUUUGCAAUAAUUUAUAAAUUCAGUAUUAUCAUUUAGCCAUGUUUGAAAUAAUUUGUAAAUUCAAAACUGUCAUUAAAUCACUUGUAAUUAUUUAUCAAUUCAACAAAGACGUGUUAUUGUAAUUAAAAAGAGAAUUAAACAGUCACAAGUAAAAGAAUACAGAUUCUUGAGGCUUGGAAGAUUGCAACAUAA